GAGUAUGUCAUUUCCGGCGUGUGGGCGCGCGGCUUGAUUCGCUCAAUUAGGCUGGGUCUGUUGGCUUUGCUGGCGCCGAGGCCGCCGCCGUUUGGGAAAUGGCGGGUCUCUCUGCUAUGGAAAAGAAAUUGGCUGAGUACAAGUGUAAUACAAAUGAAGCAAUUCAUUUAAAAUUAGUCCGCUUCCCAGAGGAUUUGGAAGAUGAUAGUACAACAUUUCAUCCAGAGUUCAGCCAUCAAGUUUUUGGGGAUGAUGAGGUUGCAUUUGGUUACAAGGGACUGAAGAUUCUUUUGUACUACAUCGCUGGUAACUUGUCGACGCUGUUUCGUGUUGAUUAUACAUCAAAAGUUAAUGAGAACUUCGAGUGCGUGGAGGCAGAUGAUGUGGAAAGUAAAAUUAGAGAAAUUAUUCCCCCAGGCUUUAGCAGAAGUGUAGAUGACUUGGUAUCUCUGCUGGAAAAAGAAGUUAAUUUUAAGCCGUUUGGGAUAUUAUUGCAUACAUAUUCCGUGCAUAAUGAAGAAGCAGGUGAAGACAUAACAUAUCAAAUAUACAAGGCUGACAUGACAUGCCCGGGCUUUCGAGAGUAUCAUGAAAGGCUUCAGACCUUCUUGAUGUGGUUUAUUGAAACAGCGAGCUUCAUUGACGUGGAUGAUGAAAGAUGGAACUACUUUCUAGUAUUUGAGAAGUAUAAUAAGGAUGGAGCGACACUCUCUGCGACUGUAGGCUAUAUGACAGUCUAUAAUUACUAUGUGUACCCAGACAAAACCCGGCCACGUGUAAGCCAAAUGCUGAUAUUGCCUCCAUUCCAAGGAGAAGGCCAUGGAGCCCGGCUAUUAGAAACUGUCCAUAGAUACUACAUGUCAUCUCCUACAGUACUUGAUAUAACAGCUGAAGAUCCAUCUGAAAGCUAUGUGAAAUUGCGAGAUUUUGUAUUAGUAAAAUUGUGUCAAGAUUUACCCUGCUUUUCUCCAGAGAAUCUUAAGCAAGGCUUCAGUCAAGAUAUGGUAAUAGAAGCUCAACAGAAGCUGAAAGUAAAUAAGCAACAUACACGGCGAGUUUAUGAAAUUCUCCGGUUACAUGCAACAGACAUGAGUAAUGCAGAACAAUCCAGAAGUUAUAGAUUGGAUGUAAAAAGAAGAUUGAUGGGCCCAUAUAAGAAAAAGCAAAGAGAGAUUGCCAAGAUGAGAAGGUGUUUAAGACCAGAAGAGUUGACCAAUCAGUUGAACCAAAUAGACCUAAAUUUACAACAUAAACAAUUGGAAGAGACGUACCAGCAACUUAUUUCAGAUUAUCGACGAGUCCUAGAACGAAUUGCUCAGAUCUGAGGAUUCUCUAUAAAAAACACGCAAACUUCUACCUAUUUGCAUUGUGAAAUACAUUCAUGAUCACUGCUCCACUGCAAAAUUUCAUGUGACAUUUUAAUCACUUUCGAAAUGACUGUGGUUUUCUGUAUUUUGGAUUUUUUAUAUUUUUGUGUUGUAGAGUCUAAAAACUAGUACUUCAAUCUACUGGUACUUUGCUGAAAUAAAGAAAGUAGAUUACAAGC